GCAGGUUUGGUAAAGAAGAAGAACUUGCAAUGUCUAUUUACUUGUUAUGUUUGACAACAAAUGGCGGAUUGCCUGUGUUUACGCGAAAGAAGGGGGACUGCGAAAAUCUGCCCUUUUCCACGGUCGCCUCAUUAAAUGGCUUUCACAUGUUCUUUAAAUCGUUGGGCAUCCAACUGGAGGCGACCACAACAAGCAAGCAGCAACCCAGCCAGAAUCAGGCUCUCGCGGAUUCAGAAGAAUGGACGUACAUUUGGCGGGACAGCAACGCCAUUACACUGAUCGUAUGCGGCUGCGGAGUGGGAUCAGAGCAGCUGCUCCAGACACUGGCAGAUCUGGUUUUUGGAGCUAUUGGCAUGUUCAUCACUCGUGCGACGGAAAUGGCUCAUGCCACGUUGCUGGAGCGGCUGAAGAAGGACGCCAAGAAGUACGUACCCAUUGUAGACGCAAUAUUGGAGGCUGCCUGCGCAGGUACACAGCUUCUAGGCUACACGGAUUGUCUCUUGGCUGCAGAAAACGCACAGUUGCUGCAAUGUCUUAAUGAGUUUAGCGGCCACUGUGGUUCGCUUUUUUGCUGCCUUGUAGUGGGACAUCGCAUCGCUGUGGCUACUGAGGGCUGGUGGGAUCUGGACACUCGCGACCGGGAACUCCUGUUAUUUCUGUUAAAUUCAUCAAACACUCUGCAGCACGAUGUGCCCGUAUAUCUCCCUGUAAAGAGUCCCCAUAUAGCCUAUAGAUUCGUCAGCAUUCCCGUAGGCUCAAAUAGUGCUUUGUGUGUCUUGUGUGGAGCUGAGAAUGCAUCCUUCCGGGAGCUACAUGCUGCUGCCAUGAGUACCUAUAGAAACGAGGGCAACCUUCUGGCAGCAGCCGAACGCUGCGUGCCGCGCAGUCUGCCGGAGCACCUGGAAAUUGAUGGUAAUGUGUUGGCUAUCAUUUUAAUAAACCGGCACACGCGGAAAAGUCUUUUUACCGGGAAUCUAAACCAGUCCUCAAGUGUUAAGCGCAUUAUUGUAGGCGAUCUGCAACGCCUCGAUAUACUUAAAAAGUUUUUCGAUCAAACUAUGGAUGCCGUCCAUCAGUUUGAAGCAGAUUCGUCGAGCAAUAAAACAAUGUUGCUAGACCAAUAUAGCUGCUCUGAUUACCAUAAGUGCUACGCUCUUACGGAUGAGUUAGGAAAUGUAAUGUUUUUGCUGUUUGUGGCUGCAGUGCCAUCGCACGCAAUGAGAUUUCUAGCGCAACGCAUUCAUGGUAACCUACUCCAGGAAAAGUCUGUGUGCUGGUGAAUGGUUUUCCCUUUCCGAAUUCUGAAAGACUGAUAUUUUUCUGCUUUUUUUAUACGUAACCAAGUAGUUUUUACUUUUUUGCGUAGAGGGAAAGUGUAUUUAAUUAAUGUUAAGUACAAAUGUAAUCAAAUUAAGCCUAAACGGCAACUACUCUCGAAUUGAACUUAAAAUAUGGUACAUAAGCUUAUGUAUUUCCUUAAAAUUAUACUAGAGUGGCAUUAAUGGCCUAUUCAAAUCCGUCCUUAUAAAUCUAUUUAUAUUUUA